AUGGGUCGUUUACGUUCUCGUUCCAGAGUCCCUUCUGCGGCUUCGUGGUGGCCGCAUAUACUUAACAUCGGCAAAGCCAGUGUGUUCCGCCGUGUUUGGAUGAAUGUGUUGUUGCAGAGUGUUUUUGCAUUCACCGUCGCUUAUGUUGACAUCGUCGUUGACUAUAACUUGGGUGCACCUAACGCCAUUGUUCCCCUUUUGUCGGCCGUUGUGGGCCUGUUGCUGGUUUUUCGUAAUGGGUCCUCUUUUGAGAGUUUCCGCGAAGGACGUGCACUCUUUCAAAAUCUGACAUCCGCUGUACGCAAUUGCGCCCGUAUGGUUCACAUUUCCAUUCCAGAAUCAUCCGCCGAAGACCGUCUCGAGAAACAACGCGCCAUUAAGCUUAUGAUAUCUUUCGCAUAUAGUGUGAAGCAUCAUUUACGCCGUCAGUUCGGUGUCAGGAAGGACUUUGCACAUCUCCUACCUCCCGGUUACAACCCAAGCGAACGCUACUCCACCGCUCGAUACACGGCUGACAUGCAGUGGAACGAGGAAAGUCGGUGGGCUGAAGGUGGACAGGGCUAUCUCCCCAACGGAGUCGCUUUGUCCAUGGGACUACCGCUGGAGAUCACCUUUGUUUUGGCGACAUACAAUCAAGAGUGCAAAACGCGCGGACUAAUCGAUUCUCCCACGACUAUAACCAUGAAAGGCUACAUUGCGGGGAUGACCGCGAGCUUUGGUAGUUUGGAGAGGGUCAAGGCUACUCCUAUCCCGCUUUGCCACCACAUCCACGAGAAGCAAACCCUCCUCCUCUACUGCUGCAGUCUUCCGUUCACGCUUGUGAACGACAUGGGAUGGUACAUGAUCCUUGUCGUCGCAAUGGUUUCGUUUACCCUGUACGGCAUCGAAGGAAUUGGGCAAGAGAUGGAGGACCCGUUCGGCGAUGACUACAACGACAUCAACAUGGACGAGCUCAUCUCCAACAUGCACCGCGAACUCAUGUACUGCAUCGAAAAUAUUCCCACAGCUGCCGACGGACGUAUCCUCCUCAACGGCGUCAGGACACGCUCUUCGUCCAACGCUACGAUCAGAUCUUCUCAGUUACAGAUGCCUAGUGCCAGUGGACUGCUCAGUGGGAGUGCGAGUGAGAGGCGGCAUGCGAAUGACAGCAGUGGGAGGGAGGAGGGAGAGGAGCAGGAGCCCCUUAUCCCGGUUUAAGUCAGAAGUCCAUAUAAAGCGAAGAAGAGGGGACAAUCACACAAGCAUUGAUAGCCACCAUUCAGAACAAGUUGGAGGAAUAAAUAUAUGGUGUUAUUAUCUGCUGCUCAUAUGCGUGUGAACCCUCUCAUGCAAACUUCACCUUCGGCGCUCAGAACCU